AUGGUCUCCCCCGAAUACAGGUUCGAGAAGUCUCUCUACGACCUCAUCAAGGGUCUGCGCAAUCACAAAGGCGGCGAAGAUGAGUACAUCCAAGCCUGCCUGCGGGAGUGCAAGGUGGAGAUCAAAACACAGGACAUGGACAAGAAAGCUACGGCCCUCCUGAAGCUCAUAUACUUGGAAAUGUUUGGGUAUGACAUGUCGUGGGCAUCCUUUCACGUCCUAGAGGUCAUGUCGUCGGCCAAAUACCUUCCGAAACGCGUCGGCUAUCUUGGAGCCGUACAGAGCUUUCGCCCGGAUACAGAGGUUCUGAUGCUGGCAACAAAUUUGCUGAAGAAGGACAUUGCCUCCGCCAGCAUCCCCAACAUGUCGCUACCCUUGAUCACAUUACCCCAUUUCAGCACGCCCUCGUUGGCCAUGUCUGUGCUGUCGGACAUCCUAUCGCGCCUCUCCCAUUCCAACCCCGUGGUGCGCAAGAAGACCAUUGUCUGUCUCUAUCGGCUUGCCUUGGUCUAUCCAGAGGCCCUGAAACUGGCAUGGCCCAAGAUCAAGGAUCGCCUCAUGGAUGACGAGGAGGAUAGCAGUGUGACCUCGGCAGCGAUUAAUGUGGUCUGUGAGCUUGGCUGGCGGCGACCCCAUGAUUUCCUUCCCCUGGCCCCGAGAUUUUUCGAGCUGCUUGUGGACAGUGGCAACAAUUGGAUGGCAAUCAAAAUCAUUAAACUGUUCGCAACGUUAACGCCACUCGAGCCGCGAUUAACUCGCAAAUUGUUGCGGCCGUUGACUAAUAUCAUUCAGACCACGUCGGCCAUGUCCCUCCUGUAUGAGUGCAUCAAUGGCAUUAUCCAAGGCGGGAUCCUGGAUGGGGAAGACGGUCUCCAAGAACGCGACGAUGUGGCCUCCCUGUGUGUAGGAAAGUUGAGGGGCAUGAUCGUGAUGGAUGCCGAUCCCAAUCUCAAGUACGUCGCUCUGCUCGCAUUAAACCGAAUCGUCGCUACACACUCUGAAUUAGUUGCCAUGCAACAAGAUGUCAUUAUGGAUUGCCUGGAUGACGCGGAUAUCUCUAUUCGACUGCAGGCAUUGGAUCUAGCGGCAGGAAUGGUCACAAGCGAUACUCUACAGCCGGUGGUCAACCGCCUCGUAGAUCAGUUACGGUUAGCCCCAAGCUCGACGUCGAGACCUUCAUCGAGCCACAUAGCGGAGGAUCCAGAUGAUGACAGGAGGCUAUCAGACCAAGUCUCAUCUGCAAUGUCGGCCGCCUUACCCAGCGACUAUCGGAUCGAGGUUCUACAUCGAGUUCUGGACAUGUGCUCGCACAAUAACUACUCAGAAAUUGUCGAUUUCGAGUGGUACGUUGGCAUUUUGGUGCAGCUGAUUGGCCUGCUCCCACCUUCGGAACCCCAGGAUCACUGGAUGCAGACUCAUCCCGACCCGGAGGCGACAACUCACUCAAGGACGGACGUUGCUUUCCGAAUCGGGUCGGAGAUUCGUAACCUCGCGGUUCGUGUGAGGGGGGUGCGGUUAGAAACCACCAGAGCUGCAGAGUCCCUCAUUCUCAUUGACAAUCGAUCAACGCUCUUCCCUGCCGGUUCAAUCCUCGGCGAUGGGGUUCUGGGCCCCGCUGCGUGGGUAGUGGGCGAAUUUGCAGACUAUCUCUCUUCUCCUAGUCGAUGUCUCCAGUCCUUGAUUGACAUGUCUCAUGCCACGCUACCUGCGAGAACCCUUUCCCUCUUCCUACAGGCGAUACCAAAGGUAUUAGUACAAGUGAGCCGAAGUGGUCAGCAAGGAGCUCCCUCGUGGAGAAGCGAGAUAUCGCUCCUGUUGGCCCGGGUGGUGGAAUUUCUCGACGCAUUGGCCGCUCACCCAGAUCUAGAUGUUCAAGAGCGCGCCAUUGAGUUCUUGGAGAUCCUCCGCCUAGCCGCCGAGGCAAUGCAAUCGGGGGGGGAAGAUAUGCCGUUCCUUCUGGCCUCGGUUAUCCCGAGCCUGUUCACGGGUCUCGAACUGAACCCCGUUGCGAGCACUGCCCAGAAGAAGGUUAUCCUUCCCGACAGUCUCCGUCUAGAUGAGGCAUUCAAUGACAAUUUGCCGACCCUUCUCCACGACCGGGAUUAUAUAUCUCUCGAAACCAGCGACCCCGAUAUCUUCCAGGAUUUUUACUAUGUGCCAGAUCGCACCCUGAUCUCUCAUAAACCGUCUCACGAUGUUACGCCAGCUGAUGUGCCACUCAAUCCAUCAUAUCAGAACUUCCCGGAUACAGGCGACAUGGAGAGGCGACGAGUUGAGCGCCGGGAACGUUUCAGGGAUGACCCCUUCUACAUUGCUCCCUCUGAUGCGUCGUCGGGCGGUUCAACGCCGUUCCAUGAGAUUCUCAAUACCUCGAAUGGCGAUGGCUUGGAUAUCGACUCCAUCCCCAUUGUUGACCUGAAGUUAGGGGAUGAAUCUUCCGCCCCACCAGGUCAAGCGCCACGCCGGGACCGACGACCCCGUCCUCGGAAGAUGGAAGUCGCCGGGGACGAAACAUUUGGAACGGAGGAUCUGUCUGGCGGGGAUGCUACAUUCGGGACCGCUGGCAGGUCUACGGGGCAGACUCGCUCUCUCCUCCAGGUGGACUCGAGUGGACUCGGGCAGCUUUCAUUCGCCGGCAAUGACCAGGCACAGUCCCACCUGUCCGCAGACGAGGGAGAGACUGAGAUGAUCAAGGCCAUGCAGCGCGUGGAGGAGGUGCGUCUGCGGAUGCAGCGAGCAUCUGAGCGGAUCCAGCUCGAGGGCACGCCCGCCGAGGGAACGCUGGUGAAGAGGAAGAAGAAGAAGAAGAAGAAGAAGGAUGGCGCAGAGUCCGUAGAGACAUCUGGCCCAAAGAAAAAGAAGAAGGGCUCGGCCACGUCUCCGACCGGUUGA